UGUAAAUGACUUCAUAAUCAAAGCCUCUGCUCUGGCAUGCUUGAAGGUGCCUGAGGCAAAUUCUUCAUGGAUGGACACAGUUAUUAGGCAAAAUCAUGUAGUGGAUGUUAGCGUUGCAGUUAGUACUCCUGCAGGUCUUAUAACCCCUAUUGUGUUUAAUGCACAUAUAAAGGGCCUGGCUUCCAUUAGCAAGGAUGUGGUUUCUUUGGCAACUAAAGCCCGAGAAGGUAAACUUCAGCCUCACGAAUUCCAGGGUGGUACUUUCACAGUUUCCAAUUUAGGAAUGUAUGGGAUUAAGAAUUUCUCUGCCAUAAUCAAUCCACCUCAAGCCUGCAUCCUUGCAGUUGGUUCCUCAGAGAAAAGGCUAGUGCCAGCUGAUAAUGAGAAGGGAUUUGAUGUAGCAAGCAUGAUGUCUGUUACCCUCAGCUGUGACCAUCGUGUUGUAGAUGGAGCAGUUGGAGCACAGUGGCUUGCUGAAUUCAAGAAUUUCCUUGAAAAGCCAGUAACCAUGCUGCUAUAAUUUAACCAUGCAAGCAACAUUUUCCUGGGUCACACUGUUUCGUUUUAAAGAAGCUAUUUAGACUUUAGUGUUCAGACUUAUGAAAAGAGUUCCUUUUUUAUUUUAAAUAUGUAUUAUGUUAUCUGGUAAUGUUAUUGCCAGUCUGUACAGA